AUGAAGAUAUACUACACAGUCGCAUAUCUCUUUGCUAUUUAUUUCAUUCAAGGAAUUAUUAGUGAACAAUGUUUAAGUGAUCAAUGGCCACCUAAACCUGAUCGAGCUUUACCAACAUAUGUUGUUAAUUUAGAUGCACCACCUGUUGAACGUUGGAAAGAUAUUGUUGCUAAUUAUAAAGAUGAACUUAAUGAUUUACUUGCAUAUAUGAAAACAUUUAUCGUUGAAAUUUCACCUGAACUUAAAUUUUUAAUUGAUCUUGUUGAUACAAAAUUGCCAGCCAUGGCUGAUACAUUGCCUGCACCAUAUGGUGAUGAAAUGAAAGGUAUUAGUCAAGGAUCUGGACUACCUCUUGGCGAAGUUGUCCUGUAUAACGUUUUCUAUGAAGUUUCAUCGUUUUGUACUUCUGUUGUGGGACAAGAUCAAGAUGGAAAUAUUUUUCAUGGACGAAAUCUUGACUUUGGAGGGAUGAUGGGUUGGGAUAAAAUCAAUCAUACUUGGGCAUUAACAGAAAAAUUACGUCCCCUAAUGGUUCAAAUUAAUUAUACACAAAAUGGUCAAGUUCUUUUCAAAACAACCACCUUUCUUGGUUAUAUUGGUUCAUUGACGGGUAUCAAACCAGGUGUAUUUAGUGUUUCAAUCAAUGAACGUAAUGCUCUUAGAGGUGGUUAUAUUGGAUUAAUUGAAUGGAUCUAUAAUAUCAAUCGUAAUCAAUCGUUUAUUACAUUUGCUAUUCGUGAUAUGCUCACGAAAUCUGAAAGUUAUGAUCAAUCAGUAAAAUAUCUAGCUGAAGUUCCAUUAUUAGCUCCAUGUUAUUAUAUAAUUGCUGGUCCAAAACCUGGAGAAGGUGUCAUAAUAACUCGUUCACGUAAUGGUUCCGAUGAUAUCAAACCAUUAGGUAAAGAUAAUCUUUGGUUUUUAGCUCAAACUAAUUAUGACAAUUGGAAGAAACAACCCAUAUAUGAUGAUCGAUUGACACCAUGUAUUAAAUGUAUGCAAGCAAAAGGCAAAAAUCAAGUUACAUUUGAAUCUUUAUUUAAUGUACUUUCUUCACGUCCAAUGUUGAACAAAAUGACAGUAUAUACAUCAUUGAUGAAACCAGCAACAGGUCAAUUUGAAGCCUAUUGGCAAUUAUGCCUCGAUGAAGAAGCUUCAUGUCGACCUUGGUAA